UUAGAUAGCCAAUAUAGUGGAAAAAAAUUAGACAAAAAAGAGAUCUAGGCAAAAUACCGAUUCUAGAUAAUAGUUCUGAAUUUCAGGAGAUCUAAAUUAGAUAUAUUCUAUUCUCGAUCCAGCCAUUGUUUUGUGAAUUUCAUUUUGGAGAUUGCAACAACGAACAAGUGAACAACUUUUUGAAGUUUUCACAGUCAGUGUGUGUCAGUGAGACUAGUCUAUGUGCUGAGUGACAGUAAGACUCACACUGCCGUGACAGUGGACUUCACUUGAUUUGAUGCAAGUUCAACAAGAGUUACAACUGUUGCCUUAUUUCAAGAAAUAAGGAAAUAUGUAGGUUGACUGGUGCACUGACCUAUAAAGAAUUGGAUAAAACUACAACCUACUGUGCCUACAUUGUUUAUGAAGUAUAGUGACUAAUUUUAACUACUACUGGAUAUAUAAUAGCAACUUAAAGUUGGAAAACUAGAGUUGGAACAAGAUUUGUGUGUGUGUGUGUGUUGGAAAGAAACAGAAACAAAACCAGAAUCGAUUUCUCUCUGUUGUCAUCGAUACUAGCUCCAUUGUACAACACCUUCAGCCAGCCCCACCGUAACAAGACUGCAAUAUAACAAGUUUAUAGCAUCACUGUUUUACACCGUCAUGUGCUCUAUAAAGUUGCCUCAUAAUACUGUCAUGUUUUAAACGUUUGACAGUCAUUUUGAACUGAGGUACAUUUGAGCUAAAACAUCUCUCAUUGGAACUAACGGAGACACACAUGAGCUAAAACAUUGGAACUAAUGGAGAUACACAUGAGCUAAAACAUCUCAUUGAAACUAUGGAGACACAUGAGCUAAACCAUUGGAACUAAUGGAGACACACAUGAGCUAAAACAUUGGAACUAAUGGAGAUACGCAUGAGCUAAAACAUCUCAUUGGAACUAAUGGAGACACACAUGAGGUAAAAAAUCUCAUUGGAACUAAUGGAGACACACAUGACCUAAAACAUUGGAACUAAUGGAGACACACAUGAGCUAAAACAUUGGAACUAAUGGAGACACACAUGAGCUAAAACAUUGGAACUAAUGGAGACACACAUGAGCUAAAACAUCUCAUUGGAACUAAUGGAGACAUAAAUGAGCUAAAGCAUCUCAUUGGAACUAAUGGAGACACACUUUGAGCUAAAACAUUGGAACUAAUGGAGAUACACUUUGAGCUGAAACAUCUUUCCAUUGUGAAGGCGCUACUUUAAACUUUUAUUGUCACAUCUAGUUCAGAACAUUUUGGAUUACGUGAUACUGCAUCAGUAUGCCGUCUCGAGGUUACAUUGCUGGCAAGCCAGUGUCUCGGUGGGAGGCUGAUUCUGACAACAUCGACAUUGAGUACAAGAACCUGGACAAGCCUGUACAGCAACCAAAGCUAUCGCAAUGUCUUGCUGGACGUAAAGGUCUGGUCAUCAAAAUUCUUCUUCUGCUGUUUAUGUUAUUUCUUGGACUCAUUCUUGGCUAUGUUAUACAACGAAACAUUCAUGGCACAUCCAAUCUAGCUGCUUCCCCUUCACCACACAUUAAAUACUUGGCUGUUCAACAGGACUACAACCCGAUCAUUAGAGAUGAGCUGCAAGCAAGAGUGACCCACAUGAGUAACUUUGAGGACAGCUUACAGUUAUUAACUAAAGAUGUGCGAUUGUCUGGUGUUGGUGGAACAAACCGGAUACUGAUUUAUGUGAGAGAUUGGUGGAAAAACUUCAACUUUGACAGUCUGUCCAUCAAGAAUUACAGUGUUCAGCUGGUCUAUCCUGACUAUGUGGCGCAAGAUGAGAACCACGUGGCUGUCAAGACAAGUAACAACACUCUGAUCUUUGAGACUUGGACUAACGAAUCAAACAUCCACCCUGACAUCACACCAUUUAGUGCCUUUUCUGCCUCAGGAGAUGUGCAGGGUGAUAUAGUAUAUUGUAACUUUGGACGCAGAUCUGAUUAUAAGUGGCUAAGUGAUCAGGGCAUUACAACUGAGGGUGCCAUACAUUUAAUCCGUUAUGGCAAAGUUCACCCGAGCAAUAAGAUCAGACUAGCUGAAGAGUAUGGUGCCAAGGGUGUCAUUUUGUACCCUGACCCAAAGGACUAUUGUAAUGGUCAGACUAAUGUCUCGGGUAGCUGGUGGCUUCAAGGAGACCAAGUACCAAGUGAACAUGUGAGAUACUGGUUGACUGGAGAUCCUAGUACACCUGACUACCCUGCCUUAAAUGGUGUCCCACGUGUUGUGCCAUCUGGUGCUAGCAAACCAAACAUCCCAGUAUAUCCAAUCUCAUAUAAUGAUGCAGAGACUUUGCUCCGUUAUCUUAGUGGAAUGGAUACAUUACCUGAUUGGCAAGGGAGCUUGAAUGUGUCUUAUAAAACUGGUCCAGGAUUUACCUCUUCUUGGAAAGAUUAUAAAGUGGAACUUAAUAUUAGCAACAGUUUCAGUUUUCGUGACAUCCACAAUGUUAUUGCAGUGCUCAGAGGAAAAUAUGAAAAAGAUCACUAUGUUAUUGUUGGUGCUCACAUUGAUGCCUGGGGUUAUGGUGCUGUGGACGCUGGCACAAGUUUUGCUGUCAUCAUGGACCUAGCUAGAACGUUCUCCACUCAAGUUGGAAAAGGUUGGAAACCAAGGCGUACCAUUAUAUUUGCAUUGUGGGAUGCAUCCAAAUAUGGUCAUAUAGGAGCAUAUGAGUGGGUCCAGGAGUAUGAGAAACAGUUAAGUGCUGGGGGUGUGGCUUACAUUAAUAUUGACUCUGCAAUCAGAGGUAACUACAGUUUUUAUGCAGAAUCCAAUCCACUCCUCUAUGAUGUUAUCUACAAGGCAGCUAUGUCCAUCAACAGUACAGAGCCAGGUCACACGAACCAAUCAGUGUAUGAGGUCUGGAAACAAAGAACAGCUCGAUCCAGUUUUUCUACAACAGAACCAUGGAUCAAUUAUUUAUCUGGUGACCAGGAUCACAGUCCUUUUAUGUACAGACUUGGAAUGUCUUCUGUUUUGGCUGCUUUUACCUAUAACAUGCAGGCCUACCCCAACUUACCAACUUAUCCAGCGCACAAUACAUUACAAGAUACCAUGAACUAUGUGCUAGACAUCGAUCCAAAUUAUUCUCUUCAUUCUUCUUUAGUCCAGAUUCUAAGUGAUAUUGUACUUCAACUUGCUGACUCAGCAAUUAUUCCUAUCAAUGUAACACAUUAUUGUCAUAUGAUGAAACAGGGACUAGACUCAGCCAAGCCAGUCCUAGAGAAAUAUCUUUCUGGCAAUGAGACAGAUUUGUUACAGUCUACCAUAUCAGAAUUCACACAGGCAGCAUUAGAGUUCCAAUCUCAAAUAGACUCCCGGAAUAUGAGUGAUUUGACAGAAUUUGAUGUUUUACAAAUAAAUAACAAGCUUAUUCGCAUUUCAAGAGCCUUCAUUUAUGAAGGGGGACUUUUACAUCAAGGUCAAUAUAGAAAUGUUUUAAUUGCACCACAUCCAGAGAACUUGAAUGAGGAAGUUAUAUUCCCUGGCCUUUCUGAGACAGAAGUUGUUGAAAGAACACUGCUGCAGAGAGAGCUGGUUAUAGUAGUUAUUGCCAUUAAAAGAGCCAGAGAUAUUUUAAUGGAUGACUUUGGGCCAGAUAUAUUGGACCGAGAUUUAUGAGCUGUUCGACUUGUUUAAAGUUUAAAUCAAAAAUAAUGUUUCCAUUUUUAGUAUCUAACAUACUUAGUGGAUUGUAGGGAACACAAAAUGUAUCAUUAUUUAUUUGUAUACCGACUUGAACAAAUUGUGACUUUUAUAUUUACGCUACAAAACUUUAAUUGAAUCUCUCCCCUACACAAAUGUUAGUUAUGUUUAAUUUCAAUAGUUGUUUGUUUAGAGGCUUUGGAAAAGGGCAUCAUGCUGUACCAAUUUAGGUGCGACUCUUUUUUCCAUGAUAUAUGAGGUGUCUUAAUAGUCGAACAGACUAAGGGAUGAAUGAAAGUGAAUUGUUUUGGUCUCAACUGCUAAAGUUUGGUUUUGAAAUUAGUGAAUCGAAUUUUGAAUUCUAGCAUAUUUUUUUACCUUAUGAAUUACAAUAAUUAGUUUUAUGAUUUGUGUACAAUUUGGUUCUAUGAAAUCAGUCAAUUGAUUAUUUCCUUUGGCACAAAGUUGUUUCACCUUGAUGUGAUAACUCACUAGGAAUUAUUUCCUAAGUUGUUCUUUUUUUUGUGAGUUUUUUUUUAUUGCUUCAUUUCCAUUUUAGAUGAUCGUUAUAUUGAGAUUCAAUCUUUGAACUUCCACGACAAACACAUUUUAUACUACAGCAUUUGUAUAUAGUGGUGCAGUACUUUGUAUAUAGUGGUGCAUUAAUAUGUAUAUAGUGAUACAGUACUUUUUAUAUAGUAGUACUGAGACAGUACUUUGUAUACUAUUGUAAAUAUAUUUGACGAGUGGUUGUGUACUUUGACCUAAUUCUUUUUUUUUCCUGCUCCAACUUUGAUCUUUUAUUGUUGUUUUUUUAAGUUACAAUUACAUUCAAUGUGGUGUGCUUAAGCCUCUGGGUGUCAGAACCCACAUUCCCAUUUGGGCCCCUCCCCAUAUAUAUACAUAUAUAUUCUGACACUAUGAUCCCCCAUUCAAAAUGUGUCAUUCUUUCUUCCCUUGUAAUACACACUAGAACAUUAUUAGCCCUUGGAUUUAAUGAAGGAAAUACAACUUGUUUACUUGCUUUUGUAGGUUUACUUCUUAAUGUUUGUUGCAAGGAAGAGAUUAAAAACUUUUAAAAUCAAAUGUGGGCUAAUUUAUUUUAUUUGAAAUAUUACUCUAAUGGAAUAAGAAAUUUUGGGAUUAGCAGUGUCGCAAAGUCUGCCAGAACGUAGAACUGUAGAGCUGCAACUGCUCCUAUGCUCAUUGGCUCCUGAUUUUUUUUUAUCAGGAUUGACUCCCUUUAAUACCAAUGACAACAGAAUUCUGGAUUCUGAGUGUUCUUUUUUCUAGGCUGAUGAGUUAGUUGUCUGCCCAAAGCUUUUGACUCCAAACCAAGCAAAAGUGGCUGCGUGUUCAUGUGUUUGCAUGCAGGAUUGUUGCUUGGACUUAUUGAUAGUCCCGGUUUAAAACCCUGCCCAAUCCCAUCACCUGUCGUCCUACGGGAGGUUUGGACUACGAAGUAAAUUGUCUUCAACAUUCAAAACAUUUUAACUAUUUUAGAAACAUUUUAUAAAUAAUGCUUUUAUUGGUAUUGAUUGCUGCAAACCUUUCUUCAUCAUUAGGAAAUCCAGUAUGAAAUAAACUAUUAUAAAAACUUGUUGAUUGUGGCUUAUAAACUCUAUGUAUUUCUACUCUACUUGAAAUCAAAAUAUUUCAUUUGUUUGAAUCAGUUCAAAAGAUGCAUUUAAGACGUCUAUUUAUCUUUCUCAUGCUGCUCUAUCUAUUCAGUGUACUAACAAGAACUUACCCAAACUUUCAUUAAAUAUCACAUUAACUAAAAUGUCAUUGACAGAUUUCAACAUAUAUCAAUCAUGAUCAGGCUUCAGUCUUAGUCAUAGUGGCAAUGGCAAUGUCUAGGAUCCAAAAGAUUAUGGAUGAGUGCAGUGUUUCAUAUGGCAAUUCAAACCCAGAUGUGACUUGCAUAUUUUUCCACAUCUGAAUUAAGUUUUCUUUGCAUCUUCUGCACCUCAGAAAAAAACUAAAGUCAUGUUUCAGAAGUUGCCCAAUAAAAUCUACACAGCCCCAAAAAUCACCUCCGAACAUGGUAAACCACUUAACAUAUCUUGUAAUCACAGCAUUCAAUGAAGCAUCACUUUCAAGAGAAGUUUUAACCAUCUUGCUAAGGCACGCAGCAUUUUAGAUACCUCCAAGCAAGAGUGGCAGAACAAAUCCCUCCUCUGCCUACCUAGAUCAGUGUCUACCAAGCAGUGGUUCUCACCACACUUUUGUAUGGCACUGAUACCUGGGUGCUCUAUUGAAGGCUCCUUGAAAAAGCUUCAGUCAAAGGUGCCUCAGCUCCAUUUGCUGGCAGGACUACCUUACAAAUAACCAUCUUCUGCUAUGGGGCUUUUGUGGGCAGUAUAGAAGCACUAUUUACCAUUCAACAGCUGUGCUGGGUAGGACAAUAUUCCACAUGAGGAACGACCUCACUACACCAUUUAUUUAUUUUAAAUUUUCUACCAAGUUUAUUUUUUUGUCUCUGGUUAAGUCAAAUUGUAAAAAAAAAAAAUCCGUUAUAUACCCAAGGGUUAGGUUUAACCUUACAAGCAAGGCUUCGUUCCAAUAAAACAUAAAAUAGAGAGUUAACACAUACAAUAGCACAGCUAUUGUCUGCAUCAGAUGUGAAAAAAAAAUAUAAGCUACUGGGUUUAUAUAGUUAUGUGAAACACUGUACUUGCCCAUAAUCUUUGGAAUCAAACUAUCUUUUGUUCUUUUGCAUCAAUUUGAAUAAUUAAACUUUUAUCUUUACAGUUAAGAAAAUUGUUAUUACUGUAUCUUUUAAUAUAUAAAACUGACUUCAUUGCUCAGUCAAAUGAACUAAACAUGAUGUGAAAGUGUCCUUAGUAUUAGUUAAAGUAGAAUUUGUUCAUAUUUCAUAUAAUGUUUCUUUUUCUAAAUCACAUUGUAUUGAUAUAAUAUAUCAUAGAAGAAAUAUUGUUAUAUAGAUCUGAAUUUUUUUUACUACUGUUCGUAUAUAUAUAUAAAAACAUAAAUUCAUAUUGUUUGUCUAUUAAGAAAUAAAUAUUCAGUAUAUUAUUGAAAGUUUGGAUUGUAUUUGAAUUUCCAAGUCUAAGAUGUAGUUCAGUUAACAUUUGAAAAUGUAUUUUGCUGUACUUUUAUCUAUUUAUUUAUUUUUAAUUCUCUAAGUUAAUAUAAAUACAGAUUUAUUUCAGCAUUUGCCCAACAUAACUUUAUUUUAAAAUGUAUUUAUAUGUCUCUUCUUUAGAACAAACACUUAAGUCUUCAGUAGUAAAAUGCUGCAAUUAUCUUUUUUAUAACUUGUUCAGAUCAUCUUGAUAAAUCAAGAGUGGUUUAUUGUAACUCAGUCUUAGGUAACAGUUGAAGUAACAUCAUGUACAAGCCUUUAAAAGGGCUCUGGACUGACAUCUUCCACUGCAGGAAAUUUGGCUGGGAUGUAAUAAUCUUUAUUUCAGAAACUUGUCAUCUCAAGGCAAACAAUAUCCUAAGAUUCUAUGAUCAUUGCAUUUGGUGUGGAGAUUCUUGCCAAACCUGAGAGUUAGGCUCAAAGAAUUUGAGUUUACAUGAUUAGUGAGAACAUACUGGCAAUGGAAGAUCUUUCUGUUAAUCAUUGAGUCUUACAAGAAGUCUAACUUUUUGACUGCCAUCUUGUGUCUCAAAUUUUCUGUAUUUAUUUAAAGAAGUUUGGUUCAUUUCAAUCUAGAUUUAUGACAUAAUCUGCAGGGCUUUGUUAGGCAAUUCUUUUUCUUUAUGCUGAUAUAUAUAUAUAUAUGAGCACUCACCUAUACAAAAAAGAAAGUAAAAUGAAAUAAUCAUUUGUUUUAGUCUGAUUUUGUUGUAUGUAUUCAUUCAUGUAAUGGUGCUCUACAUAAAUCCAAAAUGUUAAAGUCUUUACAAACUCCAGCCUGUAUGUGGUUCUGUUAAAGUCUUUGACUCUACAAACUCCAGCCUGUAUGUGGUUCUGUCCUACUUUUGUUUCAAAUAUUUAUAUACUGUUUUACUGUCAAAAUUGAAAUUGUUUCUCUGUGAUUCCUGAUCCUUAUUUUAUAUUUGUCAAUUUUUUUUAUUUUUAAGAAACCAGUGAGUAGCUAAUGUAGACAAUGAUUUGAUUGAGUUGAUGUGAGUUCAUUUGACUAUUAAAGUUUUAAUUUAUUGA